ACUACAGAGUACUACAUUAUGAUUUGGCAGAGGCUUUUAUCCAAAGUGACUUACAUUGUAUUAUACAUGGGUAUGUGCAAUCCCCUGGCAUCAAAUCCACAUCCCCGCGAUGCUCUUCCACUGAGCUACAGCAAAGUAUAAUUAAUCAUGUUAUCUUAAAGUAUACUUAUUUGUAAACGCUAACUUUGUCCCUCCAAACCAUUCAAAAACAAGACAAGAACGACAUUUCCCAACAUGCAUCAUCUUUAAACUCCACCCCUCCCUGAGUUCCCAGCAGUAUUCGCUACAUAACAAUUCGGAUAGUUACAACAGUUUCUAAGUGAAGCUGCUGCGAAAUUAUUUGAUUUAUCAGAAAUUCUUUUUGCAUUAUUGUUUUAUAUCAUAACGUGCAUUUAUAAUCGAUCACCGCCAACCUAACUAGGCCAAAUACACCCCCGUGCUAACUUCACCCAAUGCUCUUGGUGAGAAAGUGUGUGGUUACAUUUAAACGGAAGCAAAGCCGAUAUCAGACCAGCAGAACUUUACUGAUUCUGCAAUCGGCGGAAAAUCGAGCCUUUCAAACGAACCAAUGGCGAACAGCGAUCUGGUUUAUUGACGACACGCGCAGCAGUUGCUCUUCGACACGCAUGCGACGGUGCGAUGGGUUGACGCUGUCGCGCUGAUCCACGUUUGUCUGUGACCGAGUUGACUGACACGAUCCGUUACGUCACUCAGUUAAUCGUUAAUUUCCGAUCAAUCCGCGCGCAACGACGUUCGCUGGCGCCGGUCAGAAGCAUCUGGAUCAUUAAAAAGUUCCAGUGUUAGGACGCUGGUCUGGAGUCACUGCUGUCAUGGGGUCUAACGGAGACCUCAACGCAAACUCGGAGUGUCUCAGCAGCACAGGGGAUGUGAUCCUCGACAAAGCCGUCCGUCAGUGGAUUACCUGGGAUAAGAAUCCUCAGACGCGGGAGCAGAUUUUGACUCUGGUUCGAGAGGGGAGCGUGGCAGAACUGAGGAGGAGGUUGUGCGCCAGGAUGACAUUUGGGACAGCCGGCCUCAGAGCCGGCAUGGGGGCGGGGUUUGCUCGCAUCAAUGACCUGACUGUCAUCCAGUCUACACAGGGGGUGUACAAAUACUUAGUCAAAUAUUUUCCUGACCUGAAUGCAAGAGGUCUGGUGGUCGGAUAUGACACUCGUGCCCAAGCAAGCAGUGGAUGCACUAGUGAACGACUUGCAAGGUUGUCCGCAGCAGUUAUGCUUUGUAAAGAUGUCCCCGUCUAUCUGUUCUCUAAUUAUGUGCCUACCCCAUUUGUGCCAUACGCCGUGAUGAAGUUUGGCGCUGCUGCUGGAAUCAUGAUCACUGCUUCUCAUAACAGAAAAGAAGACAACGGAUACAAGGUUUACUGGCACAACAGUGCACAGAUCUCCUCGCCGCAUGACAAGGAGAUCUUGCAUUGCAUUGAAGAGAGUACUGAACCCUGGCCUGAAUCUUGGAAUGAGGACCUAGUUGAAAGCAGUCCGCUGAGGAUAGACCCACUGGAAGACAUUUGCCGCUGGUACAUGGAAGAGCUAAGCACUGUCUGCUUUCACAGAGAACUUAACACUAGGUCCCCGCUGAAGUUUGUGCAUUCAUCCUUUCAUGGUGUCGGUCACAGUUACGUCCAGAAAGCCUUUCAGCAGUUUGGCUUCCCACCUCCCAUUCCUGUUCCAGAACAGAAAGAUCCUGAUCCAGAUUUUUCCACCGUCAGCUGUCCUAACCCAGAGGAAGGAGAAUCAGUUUUGGAGCUGUCAUUACGUUUGGCUGAAAGAGAGGGGGCCUCCAUUGUUGUGGCCACAGAUCCUGAUGCUGAUCGCUUGGCUGUUGCAGAGCAGAAUGACAAUAACGGUUGGAAAGUGUUCACGGGAAAUGAAUUAGCUGGAUUGCUGGGCUGGUGGAUGUUAUUUAACUGGAAGGAAGCCCACCCAGUCCCAUCGGACACAGAGAGAGUAUACAUGUUGGCCACAACUGUUUCUUCCAAGAUAUUGAAGGCCUUUGCACGCAUAGAAGGCUUUCAUUUUGAGGAAACGUUGCCUGGCUUCAAGUGGAUUGGAAACAGAAUCUAUGAGUUAUCAAAAAUGGGAAAGGAGGUCAUUUUUUCAUUUGAAGAAUCCAUAGGAUUUCUAUGUGGUCACAUGGUUCUUGAUAAGGAUGGAGUCAGCACAGCUGUGAUUGUGGCUGAGAUGGCUGCUUAUCUACAUACCAAAAAUCUUUCCCUGAGCCAACAGCUGCUCAACAUCUAUGAAAUAUAUGGCUAUCACAUUUCCAGAACCUCCUAUGUCAUGUGCAGUGACCCACCCACUAUUAAAAAAAUCUUUAGCCGUCUGCGCAACUUCGAAGGUCAGGGUGUAUAUCCUGGAUUUUGCGGUGGUUACAGCAUCACACACAUUAGAGAUGUGACUACUGGUUAUGACAGCAGCCGGCCUGACAAAAAAUGUGUCCUUCCAUUGUCAAAAAACAGCCAAAUGGUCACGUUCACAUUUCAGAAUGGCAUUGUCGCUACUCUUAGGACCAGCGGGACUGAGCCAAAGAUCAAGUAUUAUACAGAAUUCUGUGCAUCACCAGGAGAACGAGAUAUCUCCAGCCUGGAAGAGGAAUUAACAAAUGUGACCACAGCUCUAGUCGAAGAGUUUCUGGAGCCUGAUAAAAACAACCUGAUCCGCAGAUCAGUAUAGCUUUAUUUAAGUUAGAGUGGAGUCUUGUUUAAAACCAGUCCCAAAAGUCUCUAAGUGAAUGUUAAUUUAUCACUGUGAAAUCAUUUGAAGAAUUAUCACUUGGGGUCACAAACAAAGAACUCCUCUUACAAAAAUAUGAUUGCUUGGUUUUUGUUUUCAUUUUAGUUUUCAUUUGAACAACUGAAUGUGUUUCAGUCAGAGAAUAAACUUUUAUUUUUCCUUUGCUUUCACAUUAUUACUGUUGUAGUAAGUUCACAUUAGACAAACUACCUUGACAAUGUAUCAUGAUUUUACCAUAUUCUGAUUUCUAGUUUUCUCAUUUGAUAGGCUGUCUCAGUCUAACUAGUCCACAAUGACUUUCUUCAUAGAGCUGCUGCUACCUUUUCAAGCUUUAUGAGUCAUGAAUUUUUGCAUACCCAUGAGCUUGUGUAUAUAUGUACAUGCGUAUGUGUUUUUUUUGCUGGCACACUUUAUGCAAUGGUUGUAAGCAUUGAUAAUCAGGAGGCGAGCAGGACAGCAUCUUGAUGCUUUGCUGUAAUCUGCUGGCAUUGCCAUGCUGGAAGCGCACAAAGUUUAGCAUGGAAGCUGCUGCUGUCAAAUAUCUUAAAGAACUGAGCCGACAUCUUGUUUAUGAAACCUGUUUUGUUUCGGCUGUGCCCAUUUUAGUUUGUUUAUCAGAUGUGGGUUGCAUACGCAAUGCACCAGAGGCCCGACAUUGACCUACCCUGUUUAGGAUUCUUGACAAGCAGUAGCUCCUGUCAUCUUGAUUAAAGCAAUAGUUCACCCAAUAAUGAAAAUUCUGUCAUUUACUCCCCAUCUUGUCAUUUCAAACCUUUAUGACUCUCUUCUGCGGAACACAAAAGAAUAUAUUUGAAGAAAGUUGGUAACCGAACAGCACAGGCUCCCAUUCACUUCUAUUGUAUGGACAAUAAACCAAUGCAAGAGAAUGAGUACCGGUUAACAUCAUUCUUAUAAUAAAUUUGUCUGUGCUUUGCAGAAGAAAGAAAUUCAAACAGGUUUGAAAUGAUAAGAGGGUGAGUAAAUGAUGACAGAAUUUCCCUUUUUGGGUGAACUAUUGCUGUCAACAGAAUGUCGGAGAGAAUGUGACCUCAUUGUACGGAACUCACAGAUUAAAGGCCAGGAAAAAACGUGCAGUCUUUACCCAUUUGGUUAGUCCAAUAGUUAGCAGAAGGUAUGACAAGGAUAUAGUCUCACCUUUGUAUAUAUAUUAUAAUGUAUAACCUUUGACAAUGUAAUAAAUAAUCUGCGCAAUAUAUAAAUUUUGUUGCUGUUUGACUUUAAAUGUAUUUCUGCCAUCGUUUUGUUUUUACAGCUGUAUGUUGACUUAAAUUCAUUAAAUGGGGCUAUUCUUAAAUUAAUUAUGUACCAUUGAAUAGCAAGACUGCAGCUGUACUGUUAUUUUGAGUGGACGAGACAAAUAGAAUCUGUUUUGAUUGGUUGAAACAUUAAAAAUCUUUCAGGCUUUACAUAAGUGUAAAAAAUUAUUUUGAAGGUUCAUGAUGUACGUGUAUGAUAUUCAAAUAUUGUGUACUUGUACUGUAAAAAAGUUUUUUUUGAACCAGUGAUACCUUUGGUUUUAUAGAUGUGAUAUUCCUAGUAUAUGAUGUUUAUUGUAUGUCCAUAUGAGUUGCAAAUAAAAUGCUGCAUUUAUCCU